GUAUUUUUAUAUAUUUAGUAUAUAUUUGCAUGCUUUUACGUCGGACUUUGAUAAAAAGGAAGCCUAUUGAGUCAUACUCUGCAUACGUAUCGAGUAAGUGGUCGUCAAUGCCGGGUGUACUACUAGUAGACAGUACGUGUCGUAGCAGCGAUUCGAACCUAUGGGUUGCUGCUAGCGAUAACAACAUAGGUAGAGUCAAAGAGCUCAUUGAGGAUGCAUCUUCCGACCUCAGUCCGAAUAGCAAGGACGGUAACGGAUACACGCCCAUGCACGCGGCGGCAGGAUGGGGUCACAAAGAACUCUUAGAAUAUUUAAUUUCAAAAGGAGGUGACGCCAAUGUUACAGACAACGACGGCGACAGUCCUCUUCACAGCACGGAAGAUGUCAUCAUCGCACAGAUACUUGUUGACGCAGGGGCGGAUUUGGCGAUAAAAAAUGACGAAGGGCUUACGCCUAACGAUGUAGCCAGUGAAGAGGGUCUUUUAGAGAUGUGCAACUUCUUCCGCGAGAAGUUGGGCAUGGAUCCCAUGACGGCAGAGUCCAUUCGAAUUGCAAGCAAUGCGAUGGCCGCCUUGCGGAUAGACGCCACGUCGGUUAGAGAAAACAACGAGCCACUGAACGAAAUAGAAAAGAAUGAAUCAUCUUGAUAAUUUUGUUAAUAUAUAGUUAAGGCUAAAGAGUGGCGAUAGUCGACACGCGAAGUGAUACGGGAAUUCAAAACGAUUUCAACAAUUAACGUAGUACCGUGCUCGCAAACGAGAUUGUGACUUUACUAUGCAAAUCUUGUAGUAUUAUUUCCAAACUUCCGAGAGUACUGGCAUAAAUUUUUGCGUAUUGAAUGAUAGCUUGUAAAUACUUGAGAUGCUCUUGAUUGGAAAUCCUUGCAAAUACCUAACUUAGAGAUUAGUGCAAGUUGUAUAGAUUGAAAACACUGUCGAACUCGUAGUCGUCUAUGACAAUAUCAAUUAAGGAUUGAUGAAUACUUACUGAUAUCAUUAACUGAGAUGUGUAGUUGUGUACGCCUUUAUAUAUGUAUAUAAAAAAAUAUGUAUACGUCAUCCAAAAAUUACUCAAAUUUCGAGAAAUGUAGCCGCCACCCGAGUGAAACAUCCAAUCAUAUAUCAGUUUUCAAAUAAAAUUGCACUUAAGUCAGCA